AGAGAGAAGGCGGUGUUUGAAGUCUGGAAAGGGUUUUCUGAGAAUGGGAAAUCCCAGAAAGGGAUCGAAUUCCAGCGCAGAUAUCCACACUGCUGCAAGAACAGGCGAUGUAGAGACGCUUCAGUCCAUCUCGUCCUCCAAUCCUUUGGCUAUCAACUCACGAGAUAAGCACUCUCGAACACCUCUGCAUUUAGCUGCAUGGGCUGGGCAAACAGAGGCAGUGAGUUAUCUCUGCAAGCACAAGGCCGACGUGGGUGCUGCUGCCAUGGAUGACAUGGGUGCUGUCCAUUUCGCUUCUCAAAAGGGUCAUCUAGAAAUUGUCCGAAUCCUCCUCUCUUCGGGGGUUUCAGUCAAAGCACCCAACCGCAAAGGCCUGACUCCUCUGCACUAUGCAGUUCAAGGCUCCCAUCUGGAGCUCAUCAAGUAUUUGGUGAGGAAAGGCGCAAGUCUAACUGUCAAGACAAAAGCUGGGAAGACCCCUGUAGACCUUGCCAACAGUGACGAAGUCCGAUCAUUACUAGUGGAGUGUCAAGCGUCAUCCAAGACACCGGAAGAGGCAAUCGCAAGCAAGGAAGUUGCAGAUUCUUCACCGACGGAGUCACCCAAAGAUGCAGAUAAAGAUGGCGUGGCCAUGGCUGAGCUUGGCAAGGAGAAAGAUGGGGUUGAAAGAAAGAAGAGGAAGGUGGAAGAAGCAGAAAGUGAAGGAAGUCUGCCAAAAGCCAAAAAGGCAGACGUUGCUCUUCAACACCUUCUAGCUGGAAAUGACAAUGAAGAAGAAGAAUAGGAGGAAUAAGAAAAAAGAAACACGAAUUUUAUUAUAAAUGCCUUUGCACUGUAUUGAUGGGUUCUCAAUUCCGGCAAGUGGUGCCUGCCUAUGUUUCCGUAGUUACAUGCUAUUGGUCUGUUAGAUACUUGAUGUGAAUGGACCAUGUCCGGAAAAAAGUCCCAAUAUUGGUUGCUGGGGUUCUUCCUGUAUGGGAGAUUUUUAUGUCAGAGUCUAUCCACGGUGGGACGCAACAUACUAAUGGCCUGGAUUAUGGACAGCACAGCCCCCACUUAGAAUUGAGAGCUCAUGUAUUCAGUGUGAGGAUGUGGACCAUGUAUUAUGUGAUGCCUCUUGUAAGAGAUAACUAAAAAGAGUAAUGCUAAGCUUUGCUGAUUUACAGGUUUUACAAGCCAA